AGUACGAUCCAAAAUUUUAUGUGAUACCUGGGAUCGACGGGCCGCUUAACUUGACAUGCCAAUAUCAUAUUAAAGUAGCUGUUGCAUCAUGGAUAAAUGCAGGGAUUAUUGCAUUUAGCUUUAUAGUUUAUUUUUUAUUCAUACCGAUAGGAAUACUAGUCCACGAAGCAGGAAUAAGAAUCAGGGAAAAUAUUAAAAAUGAAUGGAUAUAUAGGAAGGAAUGUUUUGAAGCUUGGAAGUUGCAAAAAAAGUAUAGGGAGGAGAGAAGACGUGGAGAAAAUAUGAGUAGAGUUGAUGGCGAAUAA